GCAAACAACUAAUUACAUUCGUCUACGGUCGUCUUCUAGCAAUCGGAAGACCGCAAGGAAUAGCACCGGCGAAGCCACUCCUACUGAUUACAACAACAAAUACUUCGACCGAAAGCUCUGAUGCCAUACAUCAUUUUUGUACCUGGAGUCCCGCAACCCUACAUCACCAACGAUCCAAGGAUCUACAUGGACUGUUUCAAGAUCUUCGAGUGGGAGUGCGAAUCACGACCCUCCUGCGAUGCAUUUUGCAAGGCGUUCCGGCAAGAAGAGGAUGAGCAGUUUCUUUCCGACAGGCGUUGUGGCCAACUUGAAGCCUAUUGGGCCGAGGAGCUCGAGCGGCGAACCAAGUCGAAGAAAGGGUCUAAACCAUUGGAGGUGGACGAAGAAACGUUAACUGAAGUUGCAGUCGAGAAGUUGGCGGAGCAUAACAUAGAUGGGAGGGCGCUGUCGGAGAUCAAAAACUGAGAGGAAGGUGCACUCUGAUAGUUGGUGGGUCUACAUGGCAGUCACAACCCUCAUCACUGACUGCCAUCCAUGUAAAUAAUAAUAUCAACCUUCUGCGCUUGUACCCCAACACGC